AUGCAAUAUAUUAUUGAUAAUGAAAAUCUUACAGAUACUUAUGCUUACUUAGACGAUGUCACUGUUUGUGGAAAGGAUAAACUUACCCAUGAUGCUAACUUAGCCAAAUUUAUGACAGCAGUAGAAAAAUAUAAAAUUACUUUAAAUAAAGAUAAAUGCAAGUUUGGCUCUGAGUCUAUUAACUUAUUGGGUUAUACUAUAGAGAAUAACACUGUAAAGCCUGAUAAAGAGCGUCUUAAACCAUUACUUUCUAUGCCUGCACCUACAGACUUAACUUCCUUGAAGAAAAUAUUAGGUAUGUUUGCACAUUUUUCUAGAUGGAUAAACAAUUAUUCAGAGAAAAUAAGUCCUUUAAUAACGAAUAACUCAUUUCCUUUAUCACAUGAGGCAAGCGAAUCAUUUGAAAGUAUCAAGAAAGAUAUUGCAAAUGCAGCUUUGGUAGCAAUUGACGACACACAAAUGUUCACUGUCGAAACAGAUGCUUCUGAUCAUGCUUUGGCAGCAACGCUUUCGCAAAAUGGACGCCCUGUAGCAUUUUUUUCCCGAUCCUUAACAGAUUCUGAAAGAAACCAUUCGUCAAUAGAGAAGGAAGCAUCAGCGAUUGUUGAAAGUCUACGUAAAUGGCGUCAUCAUUUAAUUGGAAAACAUUUUCUUUUAAUAACUGAUCAACAAUCUGUCUCUUUUAUGUUCAAUCAGAAGCAUACAAGUAAAAUUAAGAAUGAAAAAAUAGAGAGAUGGAGACUGGAACUGUCUUGUUUUAAAUUUGAUAUUGUCUAUCGACCUGGUAGACAAAAUAUAGUAUCAGAUGCAUUAUCAAGAGUUUGUGCUAGUACAUUUUCACGUAAAAAUUUAUAUCAACUGCACAAUACUCUAUGCCAUCCAGGAAUCACAAGAAUGGCUCAUUGGGUGCGUUCUAAAAAUUUGCCCUAUUCUCUUGUAGAGAUUAAAGACAUGACUGCGAGUUGUCCUAUUUGGGCCGAGAUAAAACCUAGAUUUGCAAAUAGCAAAGGACGACUUAUCAAAGCUACUUCUCCAUUUGAAAGACUCAGUUUAGACUUUAAAGGGCCGUUACCUUCGAAUACUGAAAAUAAAUAUAUAUUAACUAUUGUUGAUGAAUUUUCUCGUUUUCCAUUUGCUUACCCGUGUAAAGACGUAUCAUCAGGAACUGUCAUAACGUGUUUAAAGGACCUCUUCUUUACUUUUGGAACGCCUCUAUAUAUUCAUUCAGAUCGUGGUGCUGGAUUUAUGUCACAAGAAUUUAAAGAUUUCCUACUAAGAAAUAAUAUUGCUUGUAGUCGAACUACACCUUACAAUCCGGAAGGAAAUGGUCAAGUUGAGCGAUUGAAUGGGACACUGUGGAGAACCAUCCAAUUAUCUUUAAGAUCCAAGAACCUUGACAUACGAUAUUGGGAACAGGUACUACCUCUAGCAUUACAUUCCAUACGCUCUUUGUUAUGUACUGCUACGAAUGCAACUCCUCAUGAUAAGUUGUUAUGUUUUCCCAGACGAUCUGGUAAUGGAAUUUCUUUACCUUCGUGGUUAAUGAUUCCUGGCCCAAUACUUUUGAAGAAAAACGUAAGAAAAAGUAAAUAUGAUCCUCUAGUAGAAGAAGUCGAAUUGCUAGAAUCCAACCCAAAUUAUUCUUUAGUACGUUUUGCUGAUGGACGAGAGGAUACUGUAUCUAAUAGACAUCUUGCCCCAAUUAAUAGAUUAGUUGGAGAUAUAGCUAACACUGACGAAAUUGAGAACUCCGAUCGAUCUCGAACCGAUACAGAUACCGAGAGCUACAACACCACGACUGAAACCGACAAUUUGAAUGCUGAUGGCACUGGGCCUUCAAUGGUGGUCGAUUCGUCUCAGCGGCUUAUUCGUGAAAGAAGACCACCCGCUUAUUUAGGGGAUUAUGAAUUAUAA